UCUUGUCGCAGAAUUUUUUUUUUCCUCGAGCUAUUGCGUUUUGUAUCGAGUGCGUGACCGACUUUCUCUGCUCGAAGAAUCUCUCUCCGUGUGUAUCAUCACAAGCCAUGUCUGCAGAAUCAGCCAGUGCAAUCCGAAGAGGCCAAGUUGAUCUAUUGGACUUCAUUGACUGGUCUGCAGUUGAAUGCCUUAACCAAAGCACCAGUCACUCUAUCUCUAAUGCCCUCAAACAGGGUUAUAGAGAAGACGAUGGUCUGAAUCUGGAGAGUGAUGCGGAUGAGCAGCUACUAAUUUACAUUCCUUUCAAUCAAGUCAUCAAACUUCACUCUAUUGUCAUCAAAGGACCUGAAGAUGAAGGUCCUAAGACGGUAAAGCUAUUCUCAAACAAGGAGCAUAUGGGAUUCAGUAAUGUUAACGACUUUCCACCAAGUGACACGGCAGUUUUAUCCCCUGAAAAUCUUAAGGAGGGCAAACCAGUGGUCUUAAAGUACGUCAAGUUUCAGAAUGUUCGCAGCUUGACAAUAUUUAUUGAGGACAAUCAGUCAGAUUCUGAAGUCACGAAAGUUCAAAAGAUUGCUCUAUAUGGAACAACGGUCGAAACAACUGACAUGAAGGGUUUAAAGAAGAUUGAGGAUCACUGAUCUUGAAAAGGAAAUUGUCAAUUGUCUCAUCAGAUGCUAAUGGGAUUGUUGCAACAGUUGUGCUUGAUUAUGCUAUUAUUGUUCCUUUCUUAGAAUUUCAUUAACAUGAAUUUUGAGGUUUCAUUGCUGUUUUGAUAUCUGGUUUGUAGUUAUUAGUUAAAAAGUUCUUUCCAAUGCACGACAAGAAUCCGUGUUUGCUGUCUA